AUGCUCUCAGCCAUGCUCUCAGCCAUGCUCUCAGCCAUGCUCUCAGCCAUGCUCUCAGCCAUGCUCCCAGCCAUGCUCUCAGCCAUGCUCUCAGCCAUGCACUCAGAUAUGCACUCAUCCAUGCUCCCAGCCAAGCUCUCAGCCAUGCUCUCGGCCAUGCACCCGACCAUGCUCUCAGCCAUGCUCCCAGCCAUGCUCUCAGCCAUGCUCUCAGCCAUGCUCUCAGCAAUGCUCUCAGCCAUGCUCUCAGCCAUGCUCUCAGCCAUGCUCUCAGCCAUGCUCUCAGCCAUGCUCCCCAGCCAAGCUCUCAGCCAUGCUCUCGGCCAUGCACCCGACCAUGCUCUCAGCCAUGCUCCCAGCCAUGCUCUCAGCCAUGCUCUCAGCCAUGCUCCCAGCCAUGCUCUCAGCCAUGCUCUCAAUCAUGCUCUCAACAUGCCCCGGUCAGCUUCUGCCUAUCGUUCACAAGCCGUGAGUAAACACCCACUGCUUCCAUCAUCCUCCACCCCUCGGGGCCGCCUUCCUUCCCUUCUCAUUCCUCCCUCUCCACCCCUUUCUUACUUUCCACCUCCGCCUCCCACAUUUCUGCCCCACCCGCUCACAGCCUGUGUACCCAGGGCUGCUGCCUUUCUUCUCCAGCUGCUGCGCAUGUCACUGCCGUCAUUAGUUGCUGAUUUCGCCUCGCCCGCUGCUGUUCGCCUCAUUUCCCAUCCUCCUUUCUUUCUUUCCUCCCACCCCUCACCCACACCCCUUCCCCCCUACCAUCCCUCCCCCCAUCCGCUCUCAGCCUGUGCGCCCAGGGCUGCUGCUGUUCACCUGCCAGCUGCGAGUAACGCUGCCAGCCGUAAUUCUCCAUCGCACUCUCCUGUUCCUCUCCUUCGCUGCUCUUCCCUCCUCGUCCCUGUUUUCUCUGCUCGUUCUUUUUUCCCUCUCCUCCUCUGUUCCUCUCUGUUCCAUCCCUCUGUCUGGAUCCUCUCUCCCUCUCUGCUCACUUUGAACAAACAUGCACCAGACUCGUGUGUGCAGAGGAAGUGUGGCGCCAAUGCGGUGUGCGUGAAGGAGAGGGGCGACGCCAUAUGCAUCUGCAACGUUGGAUUCUCCAUGACCCCCACCGGCCGUGUUGACACAUGCGUGCUCAAGGCGUGUGGAGGCAACGCCGCGUGCAUCAAGGACAGCGCUGGAGUGGCGUCCUGUGUUUGUCACUCUGGCUUUGUGCUGCAGGCUGACAAGAGGACGUGCACUGGCAUGCUGUCCUUCCCACUCACAGUCCCCUCUGCCCCUCCCCCUUCCUUGGCAGACACGUGUGUGCUCAAGAGAUUCACACCACACAUGCCAUGCUGCUGCCUUGUGCUAUAUAAUGCUGCCUUGUGCCAUGCUACUACCUUGUGCCAUGCUGCUGCCUUGUGCCAUGCUGCUGCCUUGUGCCAUGCUGCUGCCUUGUGCCAUGCUGCUGCCUUGUGCCAUGCUGUUGCCUUGUGCCAUGCUGCUGCCUUGUGCCUUGCUGCUGCCUUGUGCCAUGCUGCUGCCUUGUGCCAUGCUGCUGCCUUGUGCCAUGCUGCUGCCUUGUGCCAUGCUGCUGCCUUGUGCCAUGCUGCUGCCUUGUGCCAUGCUGCUGCCUUGUGCCAUGCUGCUGCCUUGUGCCAUGCUGCUGCCUUGUGCCAUGCUGCUGCCCUGUGCCAUGCUGCUGCCUUGUGCCAUGCUGCUGCCUUGUGCCAUGCUGCUGCCUUGUGCCAUGCUGCUGCCUUGUGCCAUGCUGCUGCCUUGUGCCAUGCUGCUACCUUGUGCCAUGCUGCUGCCUUGUGCCAUGCUGCUGCCUUGUGCCAUGCUGCUGCCUUGUGCCAUGCUGCUGCCUUGUGCCAUGCUGCUGCCUUGUGCCAUGCUGCUGCCUUGUGCCAUGCUGCUGCCUUGUGCCAUGCUGCUGCCUUGUGCCAUGCUGCUGCCUUGUGCCAUGCUGCUGCCUUGUGCCAUGCUGCUGCCUUGUGCCAUGCUGCUGCCUUGUGCCAUGCUGCUGCCUUGUGCCAUGCUGCUGCCUUGUGCAGCAGUAAUCAGUUGCAGGACACAUGCGUGCUCAAGGCGUGUGGAGGCAACGCCACGUGCAUCAAGGACAGCACUGGAGUGGCGUCCUGUGUGGCAUUGACUGACGUGCAGGUGGCAUUGACUGACGUACAGGUGGCAUUGGCUGACGUGCAGGUGGCAUUGACUGACGUGCAGAUGGCAUUGACUGACGUGCAGGUGGCAUUGACUGACGUGCAGGUGGCAUUGGCUGACGUGCAGGUGGCAUUGACUGACGUGCAGGUGGCAUUGACUGACGUGCAGGUGGCAUUGACUGACGUGCAGGUGGCAUUGACUGACGUGCAGGUGGCAUUGACUGACGUGCAGGUGGCAUUGACUGACGUGCAGGUGGCAUUGACUGACGUGCAGGUGGCAUUGACUGACGUGCAGGUGGCAUUGACUGACGUGCAGGUGGCAUUGACUGACGUGCAGGUGGCAUUGACUGACGUGCAGGUGGCAUUGGCUGACGUGCAGGUGGCAUUGGCUGACGUGCAGGUGGCAUUGACUGACGUGCAGGUGGCAUUGACUGAGGUGCAGGUGGCAUUGACUGACGUGCAGGUGGCAUUGACUGACGUGCAGGUGGCAUUGUCUGACGUGCAGGUGGCAUUGACUGACGUGGAGGUGGCAUUGACUGACGCAUCGACCCAUGUGGGGGCUGCCCUGCAGGAGCCACGUGCACGGCCACUGCCUCUGGGAACGUUCCAUACUGCAUGCGCCACCCCCACCGUCUCCUCCACCAACAUCACCUUCUACGAUCAGACUAACUACACCGUCACUUCCAACACCUACACCAUGCGACUCAACUUCAACGCCUGCACCACCCUCCCUCCUAUCACCGUUGAGGCCACGCGAGCGAUUCUGCGAGCGGACAGGGUGCCUGGGGGGGCGGGGGAUUGUGCUGCUGUGUACGUGUUCCCCCGGAGCAGCUGGUGCAUUGGUCCCAUGACAAUGCUUCGCCCUCUGGCUAACGGAAUGGGCGGGUCGAUGUGA